AUGCAGCCACAGCAGUUACCAUCGCAAAACAACCAGCCUAAGCCACAAACAGGCAUACAGCCACCGCAAUCGCAAAACUGCCAUCUUCAGCAACAAGGACGUAUCCAGUCACAGCCACCGCAGGACAGUCUACCAUUGCAGCUUCCGAACCAGCAACCAUACACAGAGGGGCAAUUACCACAGCUACCACAGAAUGACCAGGCUCAGUUACCAACAGGUAUGCAGCCACAGCAGUUACCAUCGCAAAACAACCAGCCUAAGCCACAAACAGGCAUACAGCCACCGCAAUCGCAAAACUGCCAUCUUCAGCAACAAGGACGUAUCCAGUCACAGCCACCGCAGGACAGUCUACCAUUGCAGCUUCCGAACCAGCAACCAUACACAGAGGGGCAAUUACCACAGGCACAUCUUACCUCCAAUGCACCGACUCAAAUGGGUUAG